AUGACAGAUCCCGACCCCAACCCCCCUCAAGCCCUCAUAGUCGGCAUAUCAGGCCCCUCCUCAAGCGGCAAGACAACCCUCGCCCGCCUCCUCCAACGCAUCUUCUGCGGGGUAUCUCUGGACUCAACUAAAGCCCUGAACACAUUCAUAAUUCACGAAGACGACUUCUACUACCCAGAUGACCAAAUCCCAUACACAACAACCCCCUCCGGAACCCGCAUCCAAGACUGGGACACCGUCUCAGCGAUAGACACAGCAUUCCUCUCGCAAGCGCUUUCCUACGUCCGCGAAACCGGCCACCUUCCACCCCGACUCCAAAGCAAAGAAGACCAAAACGAGAAAGGCGAGUCUGGCGUUCCGGAUUCUCUAGUUUCCGAACUACGGGAUUUAGUCGGGAAGAGACUCUCUUCUGCGUCGAAGUCGAAUGUAGGCACGAUUGCAUUCAUGGAGGGAUUCUUACUCUAUGCGCCUCCUCAAGAUGAAGGACAUGUUUUGAGGAAAGUUCACGGGGCUAUUGAUCUGCCUUUGUUUCUGCCCGCUAGUUAUGCGAACGUGAAGAGGAGGAGGGAAGGAAGGAGUGGGUAUGUUACUAUUGGAGCGGCGCCGGAGCCAGAGGAGGGGCAGGGGCUUGGGGAGAAAGGGGGCGAGGUUGAUCUUGAGGGUGAGGAUGAUCGGCCGCCGCAGAAUUUCUGGGUUGAUCCGCCUGGGUAUGUGGAUGACGUUGUGUGGCCUAGGUACGUGGAGGAUCAUGCUUGGUUGAUUGUUGCGAAGGAGGGGGAGGGAAGUUUGGUGGAGAGAGUUGGGGAUGGGUUGGAUGUUAGGAGGCAUGUUGGGGUUAGGGUUGUUCCUGGGGGUGAGGUCGGGAUGGAGACUCUUUUGAGAUGGGCUGUUGAGGAGGUUUUGGGGGCUUAUUGUUUAUAG